AUGAAGAUCUCCCCCAUAGCUCUGCGAUAUCCUAUAGCCACCCUCCUCAUGCUGAUGAAGGGUAUAACGAGUGGGCAUCCUUGCACGAAAUUGCUCGCGAACUCUGACACCAAACGCGAGGGCUACGGGAAGCUCAGGUGGCCUCUCACCUAUAUCUCCGUUUUCGUCAACGCGCGCGGCAACAGUACAUAUAAUGCCAUCUACGAGAAUCCCGAAACCUUCCCAGGAUGGCAAUCGUACUAUCAAUCAACAACCAAUCAGUAUAGGGAAGAUGUCAAAGAAAGCAGAGAGGAGGGGUUCCGACCUAUCCAAAUCGAUGGUCAUAGCGGUUUCGCCGUGCCUAGGUUUUCUACCCUCUGGAAUGACAACAAGAAUGAGAUGCCAUGGGCGGAGCAUAUCAAUCAGUCCGGUGACGAGUUCACAAAAGCGUUCAAAGACUACGUUAGUAAUGGCUACAGACUUAAAAGCCUGAGCGGGUAUGGCUUCAAUGGCCAGCAGCAAUUUGCUAGCGCGUGGGAGAAAACGCCCGGUGCUCCCCAGAAAGCGUACAUUGGCUUGACUGCCGCCGAGUACCAGACCACAUUCGACCAGGCGAGGAAAGACGGAUACUACCCGGUGCGAAUCAGCCCAUACAAUGUCGGCAAGGAGGUCUGGUUUGCUGGAAUUUUUGAGCAAAUGGAUAGCAAGGCUGCUAAGCCAGAGUGUCAAUGGGGAUUGACAUCAGACGAAUACGUGGAGGUAUUUAACAACUGGACGAAGAAGGGUUACAAGCCAACUGUGGUGAACGGGUAUCUCGACGGAGAAGAGAAAUAUGCUGCCAUCUUCAACAAGUUUACCAAUGUUAAAGUGUAG